AUGAACUCGAGUUCGGGUACCCCAGAGCAGAACAGGGACACCAUAUCGCAUCAUCAACAAGCUCUUGUAACAACGAGACCCCUGGUUAAAACGGAAAAGGCUACACCAUCUAGGCAACUCUGCUUUAGCUUUAAUGAUUGUUUGGGAAAAGGGUCGGUUGCCUCCGCGAACCCACAUCGGCUGCAACAAGGAACGCAACAACGUUCGAAUCACCCGAACUCCAAAUUAGAGAAGCAGGUGGCAGAGCUUGAAAAGGAGGUCCAGAAACAGAAAGAAAUCCGGACCAUGUACAAAAUGAAAAUGGAGAGAACACAAGACUAUUUAAGGUACAGUCUUCAAAUAGCACAGGAUAAAGGAUUCUUGGACCAUAUAAUUAACCGCAAAUCUCCUAUUUCUCGGGAUGUUGUCCUCGAUGUCAAUACCAGCGCUCCUCAACUCCCUGCCUCAGCUUCUCACCAAUCCGAUAUAGGCCUACUCAUCGAUCAAGCCAAGUUGAAUGGAUGGUUCAUCAACCCUCUCGAGAUUGAGUUGCAAGAAAAAGUUGGUCAAGGGAGCACUGCAGACAUAUACAGAGGCAUAUGGAGAGGCAUUGAAGUCGCAGUGAAGCGUGUAUACCCCGAUUUCUUUGAAAACAACGAGAAUGGUGUAGCGUUUUUUGCUCAAGAAGUUGAGACAUUAUCUAAGCAGCGCCAUCGCUUUAUACUCCAGCUAAUGGGGGCAUGCCUUGAGCCGCCUAUGCGAGGUUGGAUAGUGACAGAGUUGUUGAGCAUGACACUAAGGGAUUGGUUGCAUGGGCCUGGAAACAACCGGAAAAAAGGCAGAGCAACACAGCUUCCUCCAUUCGAAGAGAGAUUAAGCAAAGCAGUGGAGAUUGCACAAGCAAUGCAAUAUCUCCAUGAACAAAAACCCAAAGUCAUUCAUCGUGAUUUGAAGCCUAGCAACAUUUUCCUGGACGAUGCCAAGCAUAUCAGGGUGGCCGAUUUCGGACAUGCUCGGUUUUUAAGCGACGAAGAAAUGGCACUUACUGGAGAAACGGGAACUUAUGUUUACAUGGCACCAGAGAUUAUCAGAUGUGAGCCUUACAAUGAAAAGUCCGAUGUCUACAGCUUCGGGAUCAUUCUCAAUGAACUCAUCACCGGAAAUCAUCCUUAUAUUGAGACAAAUUAUGGACCAGCCAUGAUUGCCAUGGAGGUUGGAGAAGGAAAGCUAAGGCCAGCACUACCAGAAGACAAUGGCGAAUUGGGAGAGGUGAUUGAGUUGAUUUGCCAGUCAUGGGAUGAAGACGCUUCUGUUAGACCAGCCUUUGCAAGCAUCACAUCCACUUUGUCAAAUUUCCAAAUCAGAUUCAAAGAAAAGUACUGCUUAGUGCAGUAUUCUUCCCUACACUAG